UCCGGCGCUCACGGACCCAGCAAGCGGCCCGCCCCGGGUGGCGGGAGGCGGAGGCUUCGGGCAGAUUUGAUUUUCCCGCAGCCCGGGCGCCCCAGAGCCAGAGCCCGAGCCGAGGAGGUGGCGCUCGGAGCAGCGUCCCCAGCCUCGCCGCCGCCCGCGCGGAGACCCAGCGAGUGGCGCCGCAGCUCCGGCGCUCCGGGUUCGCUCCGCGUUGCCUGAGUCCCGCCGCCCCCGCAGCCCUAGCUCCACUCGACCCCCCACACCCCCUCUCCCUCUCCUGCACCCCUUCUGCCCCCACCCCGAGCUCCCCGCCCCUUUCCCGGUGCUCUCUCCACCACUCCGCGCGUCCCUCCCGGCGCCCUGGCUUCGGGCCCCUCCGCCUCUCCCCGCUGCGCCCCAGCUCCCUAAGCGCUUUGCCCCUCAACACUGGGUCCCCAGCCUCCUCGUGGCGUCACCCGCACCCCCUCCUCUCUCCUCGGCCCCCGCUCCCUCCGCCCCCUUCCCUCUCUCACUUCCCACGCCCCCUCUUCGCUCUCCUCUCUCCUCCCUUUGCCGCCCAGCCCCGGCUCGGGAGUUGGGGGGAGAGCCCAGGGUUUCCGUUGCUCCGGAGGAGGCGUGAAUCGCGCAGGGAUUGACUAAUUUGGGGUGGGGGCACGGUGGGCUAUGGAACAGCCCGAGGACAUGGCGUCGCUGAGCGAGUUCGACUCCUUGGCGGGCAGCAUCCCGGCCACCAAGGUGGAGAUCACCGUGUCCUGCAGGAACCUUUUGGACAAAGACAUGUUCUCCAAGUCUGACCCACUAUGCGUCAUGUAUACUCAAGGGAUGGAGAACAAGCAGUGGCGGGAGUUUGGACGCACCGAAGUCAUCGACAACACACUCAAUCCCGACUUUGUGCGCAAGUUCAUCGUGGAUUACUUCUUCGAGGAGAAGCAGAACCUCCGUUUUGACCUGUAUGAUGUUGACUCCAAGAGUCCUGAUUUAUCCAAACAUGAUUUCCUGGGCCAGGCCUUCUGCACCCUUGGAGAGAUUGUGGGGUCCCCUGGGAGCCGCCUGGAGAAGUCCCUCACAAUAGGAGCGUUCAGCCUGAAUUCCAGGACAGGCAAGCCCAUGCCAGCUGUGUCCAACGGAAGUGGUCUCUGGAUGGAAAGUUUGAGAACCACUGGUCUGGAAGCCUCCGGCGGUGUCCCAGGGAAGAAAUGUGGCACCAUCAUCCUGUCCGCUGAGGAGCUCAGCAACUGCAGGGACGUCGCCACAAUGCAGUUCUGCGCCAACAAGCUGGACAAGAAGGAUUUCUUUGGGAAGUCUGACCCCUUCUUGGUGUUCUACAGAAGCAACGAGGAUGGAACGUUCACCAUCUGCCACAAGACAGAGGUCGUGAAGAACACCCUAAACCCAGUCUGGCAAACUUUCUCCAUUCCCGUGAGAGCCCUCUGCAACGGGGACUAUGAUCGGACCAUCAAGGUGGAGGUGUACGACUGGGAUCGAGACGGCAGCCACGACUUCAUUGGGGAGUUCACCACCAGCUACCGGGAGCUGGCCCGCGGGCAGAGCCAGUUCAACAUCUAUGAGGUGGUAAACCCAAAAAAGAAAAUGAAGAAAAAGAAAUACGUGAAUUCGGGCACAGUCACGCUGCUUUCCUUUGCUGUGGAGUCAGAGUGCACGUUUCUCGAUUACAUCAAAGGAGGGACCCAGAUCAACUUCACGGUGGCCAUUGAUUUCACAGCCUCCAAUGGGAACCCCUCGCAGUCCACAUCGCUGCACUACAUGAGCCCCUACCAGCUGAACGCCUACGCGCUGGCGCUGACCGCCGUCGGGGAGAUCAUCCAGCACUACGACAGCGACAAGAUGUUCCCCGCCCUCGGCUUUGGGGCCAAGCUGCCCCCGGACGGCAGGGUGUCCCACGAGUUCCCACUGAAUGGCAACCAGGAGAACCCCUCGUGCUGCGGCAUCGAUGGCAUCCUAGAGGCCUACCACCACAGUCUGCGCACGGUGCAGCUCUACGGCCCCACCAACUUCGCCCCCGUGGUCACCCAUGUGGCCAGGAACGCAGCCGCAGUGCAGGACGGCUCCCAGUACUCGGUGCUGCUCAUCAUCACAGAUGGGGUCAUCUCGGACAUGGCGCAGACCAAGGAGGCGAUUGUCAAUGCUGCCAAACUCCCCAUGUCCAUCAUCAUCAUCGGCGUGGGCCAGGCAGAGUUCGACGCCAUGGUGGAGCUAGAUGGCGAUGAUGUGCGGAUCUCCUCCCGGGGAAAGCUGGCCGAGCGCGACAUUGUCCAGUUCGUGCCCUUCAGGGACUACGUGGACCGCACUGGCAACCACGUGCUGAGCAUGGCGCGCCUGGCCCGUGACGUGCUGGCCGAGAUCCCCGACCAGCUGGUGUCCUACAUGAAGGCACAGGGCAUCCGCCCGCGCUCCCCGCCCACGGCCACGGCUCGCUCUCCCCCACAGUCUCCAGCCCGCACACCCCCAGCUUCCCCGCUGCACACGCACAUCUGAGCGUGUGGUCUGCUCAGAUGGCUGGGGCUUAGGCCAGUAGAAAGGUAGGCGGGGUGCCCAGACCCUGCUGCGGUCCACCCUGCCCAGCCUAUGGAACACGUGUGCCUGGGAGGCUGGUGGGGCGGGGCUUCUGGAGACUCCUCCCACACUGCCCCACACCCCAAAGUCUGGAGGUACAGGUGAUGGAGUUGGGGAUCUUGGCCCCUCCUUCUCUUCUUUCACCGACGCCUGGUUCUGGACCAGCCAGGAAGAUGUUAAUCAGGACCAUCGGGGUUUCCCCUUAGCCCACCGGGGCAAUCUUCGUCUGCUCCUUUAUCACCCUGAGCCUGGGCUGAGCCUCCCACCACCAGGUCCCCUGCUCCUGUAGUGUCUACUCCUGUACCAGCCCCCUGACCCCCACCUCAGUGUCUAUCCUGUCCCUCUUUCCAAUGAACCCCAUGAGGCUGCUGGGUUUUGAGGAAUGCCCAAACACGUGACCCCCUCCCUGGGACCCUUGCAUGCAGUGGGAGUACUACAGACCCAUGAAGGAGACGUGGUGGUAGUGGAUGGAGGCCGCAUGGUGGACGAGGAAUGCGAGCUUAUCAGGCACGGAGUCCUUUCUGGUGCCUCUCCAGCCCAGUAUGAUGCUGGUUCUAGACAGAAAUCCACAGGCCUCUCCUGGUCUGGGCCCAAAGAGACCUUCGCAGUUGGCUCCUGGCCUCAGACACCCCUUCUUUCCCCAGAGGCUGCCCAGGGUCCUUGGGGUGCAAUCCUUUACAGCCCACCUGGAGGCUUGGGCAAAAAGCAGCCCUGCUCCAGCACUCUGACACUGCCCCUCUAUCCCAUGGGGAUGGGGGAUCCCUGGGUUCAACCCUGCCUCCAGCCUCUGCUGACUGCAGGAAGCCAGGCAAGGCCUUUCUACCUUCUGGAUCUCAGUUUCCACAUCUGUAAGGCAAGAGGGUUGACCAGAUGGCCCUGGGUUUACCUUUGGCUCUGAUAGUCUUAGAGUUCACAGUCAUCCUGUGUCCAGCUUCCCCCAUCCCACUCCUCACUAGUGCUGCCCUUUAAGGCCGUCUUGGCUGUAGGGUCACCCUGUUCCAUCCCAUCACCCCAUAUCCACCCUAGUCCCUCUGCCUUGGGCUCCUGGCCUCUGAGCCAGAGCCCUUGCCCCUGUUGUGGGAAAGGUGAGAAAGAUGAUCUCAUGCCUGGGCCCCCACCCCAGCUGCCCAGCCUUUACCCACCUGGGGAACAGGUCAUGCAUGCCAGUCCCUCCUGCUGCAUGGGGCUCCUCUGCCCACUGAAUCUCCCAUGCCUGGUGGAGACCAGGCCACACCGUGUCUGUUGCAGACACUGCGUCCCUCCCCAUCAUGCAUGACGGUGGCGUUUCUAUGCUGUCUGGUCCUGUGCCCGUCUCUGAGACAGUCUCUGUGUGGAAUUUGCCUUAAACUGAAGUAAAUUGGAUUCUUUUACUAAA